AUGUCGUCUCGAAUCCGGCACUCAACAGCGAGACCAUCCACUAGUCGCCAGUCCGUGGCAUCCACUCCAAGUCGUACAAGCAGCAGUAAUCGAAAUGCCGACCUUCUCCCACUGUACAAGAAGCCGUCUCACCCCCUCGAUGCAGAAGCGACGCGUGAAUUGCGAAAUCUACAAGGUCGUAAUCUGAACGAUAUCAAGAGGCACAACAGGCAAGCUACCGAGCACAUCACCAAUACUGCAGCCAGUGUCAACGACAUGCUGCGCGACCACGCCGAGUACAUGGGUCGACGACAGAAGAAAUGGGAUGCGGGCAAGAGUAUGGAAGACAAAGAGGAUGAGGAGCGUAUCAUGGUCGAACUUCAAACGAACGUAGACGAGGCGACUGUAAAACUCGAGGAAAGCAUGCGAGCAGUCAUCGACUCGGGUGUCGCUACGCAGCGCAUCGAGGAUGCGCUAGAAUGGCUGAGAACCAAUGCGCCUGCGCGACUGGCUGAAGAAUACGAGACCCAGAUGACACAGAGAGAGACACAAAGACAGUCCCAGACCCAAGCAGCGAGCCAGCAGGCGCGUAGUCAGAGCAGGAAUGAUGAAGAGAUGGAUGACGGACCAACACCUGGCCCUACGCCCCUCGAAGGCUCUCGUGUAGCCCUUACAGGUGCGAGCGAGCUUUUUGCAGCACGUAUGCAGCGCGAGAAAGACACCUACACAUCGCUCUCCCACACGACACGCUACGCCCGCAACAACGAUUACCGCGACUUCAAGCGUACGGUGCACGAUGCGAAGUUUGGUGAUGACGGUCCUGUACUGGGUCAUGAAGACACAUGGUUUACCGAGUCCGGAUCGCCAGCGCCUGGCAUUACGGACACCACGCAACGGGGAGAGUUCGACGACGAUGAUGAUAUUGUAGUAGACAGAGCGACAGUCAGCACCAGGUGUCCCAUCACGUACCAGCAGUUCAAGGAUCCAUAUUCGAGUAACAAGUGUCCUCACACCUUCGAGAAGAAUGCCAUUCUCGAUAUGAUCCGAAAAGGUCCUCACAAGGUAGAUGGCCAAAAAGCCGUAGAAUGUCCCGUGAAUGGAUGCGACAAAAUGCUCACCAUAAACGACGUUCGCACCGACCCUAUCCUCGUCCGCAGAAUCAAACGCAUGCAGCAAGCUGAACUUGAAGGUGACAGUUCCGACGAUGAUGUACAAGCCCCUCGCCGGGAAGUUCAACAAAUCGACGGUAGCGAUGAUAUGCCUGAUUCGUCCUCAAGGCUACACAUUCCUGGAUCUCAACAACCACCACAAUCAAGCAUUAUUGAGGAUCUCGGAGAUCCGAGUGACAGUGAGAUGUCAACUUAG